UAUUUCAUCGAUGUUGAGAAAUACUGUUUGGUGGCCCAACCUCAAUUCGGGCACUCAUUUCGGUACGCUGCCCUAAGUUAUGUCUGGGGUAAAAGUACUGACAAUACUUUCCAGACAUUGAUUGAGAAUUUUGAUUCGUUAAGCGAGACGAAUGCGUUCAAACUACCGGAGAACUAUGGUCGCCUUCCCAACACGAUCAAAGACAGCAUCUUCCUCACCCGUGCUCUCGGUAUACAGUACCUAUGGGUUGAUCGGUUCUGUAUAGUGCAGGAUGAUGAGACUGCAAAGCCGUAUCAACUUGCUGCCAUGGCUUCCAUAUACUCCAACUCGUACGUCACUAUUGCGGCAACAGAGGGGCCGCACAGCAACUACGGGCUCUGCGGGAUAGAGAAAUCACGCCCAAGAAAACCACCGUUCGAAAUUUUGGAUUUCAGUCCCAGUCGUCGAAUGUUUGCAGCUUCACCAACAAGAAGCACCCGCGAUAUCUAUCACUCCCGGGGAUGGACGUUCCAAGAAUGGACUUUCUCACGCCGUAUGAUAGUGUUCCAUGAUCAGACAGUCACAUGGGUGUGCCAGAAGUAUAUGCAGCAAGAAAACGGGCAUACCCCGUUCAGAGUCCCCGCAAGAACCCCCUUGACCUUGUGGACAAAGAGACCCAACCCCGGAUCAUAUUGUGCUGAAGUAGAACAGUACAGCAGCAGAAAUCUAUCUGACCCAGCAGAUGUCCUAGCGGCGUUCGACGCCUUCAUUACGGUACAAGGCCGUGCCAUGAAGGGCGGGAUGUUAUAUGGCCUGCCAGAACUCUACUUCAACAACAUGCUUUGCUGGCACCAUGAUUUUGGCUCAGUUCAAAACAGACGAAGAGACCGCGAGGGCAACAUCCUGAAGCAGUUUCCCUCCUGGUCAUGGGCCGGCUGGAUCGGG